GCAAUCCUCUAUAUAUGAGCUCGGUCAUUUCAUUAGGGUUUGCUGUACCUUCUGCCGCGCUCGAUCUCCUCGACGGCGGAUCUCGUCCUCCCUCCUCUCCCCCAACAGCAUGAUCAUCCCAAAGAAGAACCGCCAUGAGAUCUGCAAGUACCUCUUCCAAGAGGGGGUGCUGUACGCGAAGAAGGAUUACAACCUCGCGAAGCACCAGGAGAUUGAUGUGCCGAACUUGCAGGUGAUAAAGCUCAUGCAGAGCUUCAAGUCGAGGGAGUACGUGAGAGAGACCUUUGCGUGGCAGCAUUACUACUGGUACCUCACCAACGAUGGCAUCGAGUACCUUCGCACCUACCUCAACCUCCCGUCCGAGAUCGUCCCCGCUACUCUGAAGAAGUCAUCUAGGCCGCCGCCCCGACCCUUUGGCUCCGGCCCUCCUGGUGACCGCCCAAGGGGCCCGCCUCGCUUUGAAGGUGAUCGGCCAAGGUUUGGAGAUAGGGAUGGGUACCGUGGAGGACCCCGUGGUGGUCCUCCAGGUGAUUUGGGCGGUGACAAGGGUGGCGCACCUCCUGAGUUUCAGCCAUCAUUCAGGGGUUCUGGAGGGAGGCCUGGUUUUGGCCGUGGUGGUGGUGGUUAUGGAGCAGGUCCAACUUCAUCAAUGGAGUAGAUGAAGCAUUUCUGGUUUACCUCGUCUCUUGUUGUACUCUAGCAGUGCUUCUAUUUGGAGCUUUUUUUUUAGCCGUUUUUUCUUGACAAUUUUCCAAACCAUAGCCUAAAUGGCGGCCUGUUAAUCUCCUCUAAUCUUCUAUUUGGAAAAUUAUUCUCGAGUUGUGGCAGGUAUAUUAUUAUAUUACCCUAUUUUGGCAACAUUGCUUCAUGUUGCUUUGGCAAAUAUUUGCAUGUGUUGCAAUGAACUUGCUAUUCUAUAA